GUAGUAAAGAGAGUAGAAGGACGAGAAAGAAAAAAAAAAUCAAGUAUGUGCUUGUGCGUGAGUGUAUGUGUACUUGAAGCUGUGUAUUUCGCAUAACGAAGCCAAAACUACUACAGUGAUUUUCAAAGGGAAAUUUGUUGACCUCUGUGUUUCUCUCGUUUUGUAUAUCUACGUUGGUGCUAAGUAAGAAGGAGGAAGAGAAGAAGAAGAAUAAGAGAGAGAAAGAGAAAUAGUAGCAGAUCCUUCGAUUAAGGAUUCCCGUAUUUGCGAAGGUCUUCGUUUGGAAGAAAACCAGCUUUUAUAUCGGGAAGGAAUAGAAAUUAAAAUGAGAGGAAAUUGUGAAAACACAGAAUCUGUCGUACGUGGGUCGAAUCAACAGCAACAGCAGCAACAACAGCAGCAGCAGCAGCAGCAGCAGCAGCAACAGCAGCAACAACAACAACAGUCACAGCAACAAACUAUUGUCAACGACGAAAAACAUCCCCACCAUUCAUCAACCACGCCCGCUUGGGUUAAUACAGAUAGAACUGUGAAAGAAGAAGCAGUUGAAGAUAAAAACGACGAUUCGGGAAUGUCACCAGGAGAUUACACGAGUAAUUCAACGUCUCCUAUGAGUGGAGUAUCUUUUUCAGCGCCAAAUUGCAGCUUAUCGCCUGGAAGUUCAACUUCGCAAGAUUCGAAUAAUAUCCAAUCUAAUAAUUCGGAUUACAGUCCACAACAAAUGUUUAAUGAAUGUAGAGUACCUGGCGAAUUCAACCAACUUGGACAGACCGAUGAUUCUCAAAUGGCUAUGAACGUUGUUCCUGAUGCUGUGAGAUCUACCUGCGAUAACGGAGAUACGUUCCAAUGUCCCAUUUGUGGUGCAAUAAGUUUAAAUAGAUCUAGUUUUUCGGAACAUUUAUCGAAUCAUUACGGCAAUAGAUCCGAAACUCGAGAUAAUGGAAACAAUGAAUUGAAUGACAUAAGCGUUCCUGGGACUUCUCGAGACGGUAACAGUCAAACUUCACCGAAUACUGAAGAAAGAUCGGAAAUUGAAGAAAUUGAAGAACCGGGACUUCGUGUACCACGAGUAAACUCGCAAGGCAGAGUGAAAACCUUCCGAUGUAAGCAAUGCCAAUUCAUCGCUCUAACGAAACUCGAAUUUUGGGAACAUAGCCGUAGACACAUAAAAGCAGAGAAGUUAUUAACUUGCCCGAAGUGCCCAUUUGUCACCGAAUACAAACAUCAUUUGGAAUAUCAUUUAAGAAAUCAUUUUGGCUCGAAACCGUUCAAGUGUGAUAAGUGUUCUUAUUCUUGCGUGAACAAAUCGAUGUUGAACAGCCAUUUAAAAUCUCAUUCAAAUGUGUAUCAAUACAGAUGUGCCGAUUGUUGUUACGCAACGAAAUAUUGUCAUUCGCUUAAGUUACACUUACGAAAGUAUACUCAUCUACCCGCGAUGGUACUAAAUGCAGAUGGUUCGCCUAAUCCAUUACCGAUAAUUGAUAUUUAUGGUACCAGAAGAGGACCAAAAAACAAAUCUAAAGUGCAAAAGAAGGAAGGAGUUGUUCGAAGAUCGAAUACUGAACAAACGAAUUCAGUACCGAGAAUGGUAACAGUAUCUCCUCAAGUUUCACCUGCGAAUUCUCUUGCUACUUCAAUGAACUCAACUGUUGUGAAUCCAUCAUCUUCCACUAUCAUCAGUGAUACAGUCAACGACAUGACCAACACUAUGAACGUUGUUAAUCAGUCUACGGCUACACCCUACAAUCCAAUAUACCCCGGCUUUCAAUUAACAAAUCCUUUACCAGUUCAAGAAGCUCAGGAGAGGCUGAUGCCAUUGGAUCUGAGCAUGCGUCCAUUGUCAUGCUCGUAUGAAAAUAAUACCGUGAAUAAUCAACCAAGAAGGUCGAUUACUUCGACCAAAGGAAAGGGCACAAAUAGACGAAAGGGCAAGGCGUAUAAACUUGAUCGUCGGUUAGUUGUUUCGGAUAAUGAAACGGAUGAAGAAACCACACCACAAUUGCAGCCCACUAAUGAAUUUUCGAGAACGAUAGAAAACGACGUUCGUAGCUUAGAAGAUCAGUUGGAAGAUCAACAAUCAGAAAUUCAUUCCGAGGAUCACCCAGAAGAUUUUUCCGAAGAUCGUCCAGAUUAUCAUCUUCCAUCGUGUUCAAGGGAUCCAGUUCCAAGAUAUCGUCCCACUACAAACGGUGAUUCAUUAUUUUGCUAUUACUGUGAAAUAGCAUUUGGUAACGUUAUAAUGUAUACGGAACAUAUGAAUUAUCAUGGAUAUGAAGAUCCAUAUACUUGCAAUAAGUGCAGUCACAAAUGUAACGAUAAGGUGGCCUUCUUCCUUCAUAUAGGAAGAUCGAAACAUUAGUAAAUAUAAAUGUUUCUCUUUUUUUGUCUCUCUCUUUUUCUUUGUUAUAUUUUAA